GCCACCAUCGUCACCACCCGCACCACCACCACGAUCGCGACGGCCACCACCAUGGCCGACAUCACGACUGCCCCCCCCGCCAUCAUCACCACCAUCACCAUUCUCAUCACCACCACGACUACUGCUCGCAUCAUCAAGGCCACCACCAUCAUCAUCCUUGGGGUGCCAUCGGAGACAAAAUGGUGGAACUCAAUGUGGGCGGCACCUCCUUCGUCACAACCACCACCACCCUCAUGGCAUGCGGCCACUCGGUGUUCCAGGGCCUUCUGGACGGACGCUCUUCAGGCCCGAUCUUUGUCGACUGGAGCCCUCGCGCAUUUGCACACGUGCUGAAGGGGUUGCGCACACAAAGCUUUCAUUUCGUGGACAAGCUCGCUGACGCCGACCGCGACGAAGUGUUGGAUGCGCUUGCAUAUUUGAAGCUCGACGUGACGCAGUGCGGAUACACGGCCCCGAACGACGAUGCCAAGGUUGGCGAGCCCAUGGUGUGCCCGUCCAAGCGUCGUGCAACUGAACGCUUCGAAGAAAUGCCCGCAGUUGGGGAUCCUGAAUCCGGCACUCGGUUCUCAACUACUCCGCCUCCAGAUGCCAUCGCCCGCAAGCACAAAGCCCGUGCGCGUCUUGAAGAGGCUGUUCGUUUGGAGAAGCAGGCUCGCAAGUUGCGUAAGAAGGCUCACAUCAACUACGACGACAACUUGGACUAGAUGUAGAUUACAACGACGUAGGCCGGAGAGCUGUGCAUAUGUCCUGUUCAUGAAUGAUGUCUCUUCCGUU